AUGGGCGCCUCCAAAAUUCCCGUCAAGGACCUAUAUGGUAUGGUUGACCCCAAAAGCGCCGAAAAAUUGGCUGAGCUUGGUGGGCUCGAUGCUAUUGCCAAGAAACUUGAUUCCAACACCGAACGCGGCCUUUCUGCCGAUAAAGUCGAUGAGAAUCGCGCCAUCUACGGGAUCAACAAGCUGCCCGACGUCAAGUUUCGUUCCUUCAUCAUGCUAGUCUGGGAUGCUCUUCACGACCGAACCCUCAUCAUGCUCAUCAUUGCUGCCUGCAUUUCUCUGGCCGUCGGCAUGUCGACCGAAGGACCCGAACUGGGUUGGAAAGAUGGCGUGGCCGUUCUCGUGGCCGUCGUCCUCGUCGUCUGCAUCAACAGCGGCAAUGACUAUCAAAAAGAAAAACAGUUCCGAGCCCUCAACGAAGCCAAAAACGACCAUCCCGUCUCUGUUGUCCGCGAUGGCCGUACGCAACGCAUCUCCAUCUACGACAUUGUGGUCGGCGAUAUUGUUGUCCUACAGACUGGUGAUAUCAUUCCCGCAGACGGCGUCUUUGUUUCCGGCGAGGGUGUCGAGGCGGAUGAAUCAUCUGCCACGGGUGAGUCUGGCAACGUGAAGAAGAACGCCGACAGAGAGCCCAUCUUCCUCUCUGGUACCCAGAUCGCAGCCGGCAACGCCAAAAUGCUUGCCAUUUGUGUCGGUGAGCAAUCCUUCUACGGCCAGGUCAUGCUGGCCCUCCGAACCCCUGAUGAAGACACUCCCCUCCAGGAAAAGCUCUCCAGGCUAGCCGACGCCAUUGGUAACUUUGGUAUCAUCGCUGCCGUUUUCAUCUUUGUCAUUCAAAUGAUCAAGUACUUUGCCAUCAACGGCAGUGAUCUCGACGGCGAUGAGACCGGCAACAACGUCGUUGGUUUCUUGGUCAUUGCCAUCUCCAUUGUCGUCGUGGCCGUGCCUGAGGGCCUACCCCUGGCCGUCACCAUUGCACUCGGUUAUAGCAGCCAGCACAUGAUGCGCGACCAUAACUUAGUCCGCCAUCUCGAGGCCUGUGAGACCAUGGGUGGGGCGACCACCAUUUGCUCCGAUAAAACCGGCACUCUCACUCAAAACAAGAUGGCCGUUGUCCAAGGCAUGGCCCUAGACAAGACCUUUGAGCAGGACCGUAAAGGCCAGCCGAGCGGUGCUGGGCGUGCGGAGCCCUGGCCCGUCGACAAGCAAGGGCAAAGCCAGAGCCUGUCCACGGAUGCUAUCAAGAUGUUCCUCGAUGCCCUCGCCCUCAACAGCACGGCCUAUCGCAGUGAGAACAAUGAGGGCGAGAUCACCUUUGUUGGCAGCAAGACCGAGACUGCCCUGCUUGAGUUUGCGGAGCUGUAUGGCUGCGACUUUGAGCUGCGCCGUUCUGCGGUGGAUAUCGCCAAGUCAUUCCCUUUCAGUUCUGACAUGAAGCGCAUGAGCGUUGUGGUCAAGCAGUCCUUCCUUGAGGGAAAUGAGCAGCUGACCUUCCACACCAAAGGUGCCGCUGAGGUGGUGCUGAAGAUGUGCGAUCGUUACAUCACCCCUGAAGGCAAGAUUGAGACCAUGUCGGACGAUAAACGCCAGGAGUACGAGAAACUCUUGGCCAACCUCAACGAGCAAGCCCUGCGUGCCAUCUGCAUUGCAGCCCGUGGCGUGGACAGUGCCGACAAAGACAUCACGCUUGACGACAAGCCAAACCUCGUGUGCAUGGCCAUUGCCGGCAUUCAGGAUCCGCUUCGGCCCGAGGUGCGCGAUGCAGUGCGUCGUUGUCAAGAAGCUGGCGUCGUGGUCCGCAUGGUCACUGGCGAUGCGCUGGCCAUUGCCAAGUCCAUUGGCAAGGACUGCGGUCUGUUUGACGAGACCAAGGAUCAUGUCUGCCUGGAGGGCCCCAAAUUCCGAGAGAUGACUCCCGCCCAGAUUCAGGAGAUUUUACCCAAACUUCGCAUUCUGGCCCGAUCCUCACCCACGGAUAAGUUCAAGCUGGUCAGCGCCUUGCAGGAGCGGCGAGAGGUUGUGGCCGUGACGGGCGACGGCGUCAAUGACGGCCCGGCUCUCAAGAAGGCCGAUGUAGGGUUCUCCAUGGGGCUUACGGGUACCGAUGCAGCCAAGGAAGCCUCGGCCAUUGUGCUCAUGGAUGACAACUUUGCCAGCAUCGUCAACGCCAUCAAGUGGGGACGUGGCAUUUUUGAUAACAUCCGCAAGUUUUUGCAGUUCCAGCUCACCGUCAACUUUGUGGCCAUCAUCAUCGUCUUUGUCUCGAUCAUGGCUGACCCAGAGGGUCGCGUUGACAGUGCUGCCGUCAAGCCCGUCCAAUUGCUCUGGAUCAACAUCAUCAUGGAUUCCUUUGCGGCCCUGGCCCUGGCCACGGAGCUACCCACUGUGGAGCUGCUCAAGUUCAAGCCCUAUGAUCGCAACGAACCCCUCUUCACUCGCUUUGUCCAACGCCGCAUGUGCUUCCAGAUUGUGAUGCAGUCGAUCACGCUGCUCACCAUCUUGUUUGCUGGUGCGCGUUGGUUCGACUCGAUGAAAGAGCCGGGUAACACAGAGAAGACCCAGUUUAGUCGCCAGCACUACACCAUUGUGUUCAACACCUUUGUCUUCUCAUCCCUCUUCAAUCAGCUCAACUGUCGCAAACUGCGGGGUGAACUGAAUGUCUUUGCAGGCUUAACCCGCCAUGUCGUUUUUGUGGUGGUGUGGAUCAUCAGUGUCAUCAUUCAAAUCCUGAUUGUCGAGUUUGGCGGUGACUUUGUCGAGGUCUCGCGCUUGGAGCCCCACCAGUGGGGCGGUUGCAUCGUUGCAGCGGCGUUUGUCUUUGUGUGGUCUACCAUCUUCAAUCUUCUGCCAAAGUCCAUCACGACUGGAGAUUGGCCCUGGUGGACCAGUGUGCUCGAUGCGGUGGCCCGUUGUCUACCAUGCCUCAAGUCGUGCCAUAACCCAGACAAGCACGAUGAGCAGAACUAUGUGUCUGACGAUCAAGACAGCCAAGGACAGGACACAGAGCCAGUCCAGGCCCAUGACCUGGAUGCACCAGCUGCUGCUGCUACCGGGCAUCAAGGGUCAAACGAUGCAGCACUCAAGUCCCAGAGCGAGGCGGCGCCUUCUUCUACAAAUGGAGGUCGUCGUGGGUCGGAGCACGACCAACUCUUGUCAUCCUCCACACAGGCUGCAGCAAGCUCAGGGGCACAUGCCAUGCACCCUGCUGCCUUGCGUCUCCUGUCACCAGACGGCCGUUCCUCCAGUCUCUCGCAUGUGGAGGUAGAUAUCAAGCCCGACGCUAGCCCUCAGUUGCGGCGUGCACUCACGCUGCAAUCGGAGCGCAUGUCUCUCGACGCCGAGGCUCGCGCUCGACACCGUUGGCAACAGGCCGUGCAGGAUAUGCUUUCCGUCGCCACCGUCGAUGAGGUGGACGUUUCUCUUUUGUACAUUUUCCCCUCUCGUGCCUGUCUGCACGCCCUGCCCUGACUUGUCCUUUACCCCGUGCCACCCGAUUUCCAGUGUCCUGCCCCACUCUGUCCUUUUGUGUAGACAUGUUAUUUGCUGGUCACAUUCUUCUUGUGUCGUUU